AUGAAACAUACAAUUAUUGAAAAUGAACCAGAGAUUAAAUUACAAAAUGAUUUAAAUCAUCAUAUCGAAAUCUCACCAAACACUAAAACCACCAAUGGCACUACCACCACCACUACCACUUUAAAUGUCAAUAAGACUUUAAAGGCAAUUGAUUUAAUUGAAACUUCCAUUAAAAAUCACAUUCUGACAAUUGAUCAUGAAAAUUGUUUACCAAAUGAUGAAGAUUCAUUUUUUGUAUGUGAUUUAGGAGAAAUCAUUAAUUCAGUUAAUCAAUGGCAACAAAUUUUACCAAUGGUUCAACCUUAUUAUGCUGUUAAAUGUAAUUCAAAUCCACAAAUUUUAACUACAUUAAGUGAAUUGGGAGUUAAUUUUGAUUGUGCUUCUAAAAAUGAAAUUGAUUUAGUUUUAUCAUUAGGAAUUCAUCAAGCCCAUGAAAGAAUCAUUUAUGCUAAUCCAUGUAAAACAAACUCAUUUAUUAGACAUGCUGCUGAUGAAAAUGUCAAUUUAACUACAGUUGAUAAUGUUCAUGAAUUAUAUAAAUUGGCAAAAUUUCAUCCUCAUUGUAAAAUUUUAAUUAGAUUGAUUACUGAUGAUUCAACGGCUCAAUGUCAAUUAAGUACUAAAUUUGGUUGUGAUUUAAAUACUGCCAUUGGAGAAAUUUUACCCAAAGCUAAGGAAUUGGGUUUACAAGUUCAUGGAGUUGCCUUUCAUGUUGGAUCGGGUGCUAAAGAUUUUAGUAGUAUUUAUCAAGCCAUUAAAGAUUCAAGAAUUUUAUUUGAUGAAAUGUUAUCAAUGGGAUUCACACCUAAAUUAUUAGAUAUUGGUGGAGGGUUUGAAAGAGAAACUUUUCCACAACUGUCACAAAUGGUUAAAUUUGCAUUGGAAAAAUUCUUCCCAAUAGAAUUUUCUCAAUUAAAUGAAAUCAAAUUUAUUGCUGAACCAGGUAGAUUUAUGGUUGCUAAUGCAUUUACUUUGAUUACUCAUAUAAUUGCUAGACGUGAUUUACCAACGGGUGGUAACAACAAUAACAAUGAUAUGACUCCAUCGGCUAUGUUAUAUAUUAAUGAUGGUGUUUAUGGUAAUUUGAAUUGUAUUUUAUUUGAUCAUCAAACCCCCAAAGUUUAUGUUUUAACUAAUGAAAAUCAGUUGUUUUAUAAACAAGAAAUGAUGAGAUCUUUACUGGUUAACAACAACAACAACAACAACAACAAAACCGAUGGGUUUAAGUUUUCAAUUUGGGGUCCAACUUGUGAUGGAUUAGAUUGUGUUAGUUCAUUAGCUAAAUUAUCCAAAAAUGUUCAAGUUGGUGAUUGGUUAUUUUUCGAAAAUGUUGGUGCUUAUACUAGUUGUGCAAGUACUAAAUUCAAUGGAUUAAGUAGUGGAGAAACUAAAACUCUUUAUGUUAAUUCCAAUGAAGAAUAA